UCAGAACAUGCCUAGCCUAGUUCUCCCCACAGUGCCAAGCCAUGCCACACAGUGGGGUGCAUCAGCUUCCAGUCAGACCGAAGAGACACCUUUCAUGGCUAGCUGUUUCAUCACAUUACACAAGACAGGCAGACGGACAGACGGCAGGACGGACACGCGGGCGGCGGCUGUGAUUGGCGGCUCGGCGGCAGGCUGGUGGAAGAUGUCGUCGGGAGCCGGUGGGAGGGGUGGGCGGCGGCUCAGGGGUGGGGGGGGAGGGGAAGCGGCGGAGGAAGGCCCAGUGGGCAUCCCCUUCCCCGAGCACAGCGCAGACAUCCUGGGCAGUCUGAACAAGCAGCGCCUCAGCGGCCUUCUGUGCGACGUGCUCCUGAUCACCCAGGAGAGGGAAUUCACUGCCCACCGUUCGGUCCUGGCCUCCUGCAGCUCCUACUUCCACAAGUUGUUCACCUCGGGCCCGACCGCCAGCCAGCAGAACGUCUACACCAUAGACUUUGUGGCGGCCGAGGCCCUGGGCGCCCUGCUGGACUUUGCCUAUACAGCCACGCUAACGAUCAGUCACACCUCUGUGGGAGACAUCCUGGCUGCCGCCCGCCUGCUGGAGAUCCCGCCCGUCCAGGAAGUCUGCACUCACCUGCUGGACACCAAAGUGCUCCUCUCCCCGCCGGUGGGCAGUGAGCGAGGAGAGGAGGAUGAUGAUGAUGAUGAUGAGGGGGAUGGUGGGAAGGGUGGAGGAGGAUGGGGGCAGCAGGGGAAUCGACUGCGGGCCCGGGAGUAUCUAGAAUACUUCCAGAGAGGGGCCCACUGGAGCAGCAGCUGCAGCACGCCAGAGCUCAGGGACAUGCCCACACACCUGCACUUUAACCAUGGCAAAAGGUCCCACAGCAAUGGGGUCCCCGGGGGCCCCAGCGAGUUCUGCUCUCCCCUGGACCUUGCCCAGGCCCCCACCCAGGACCCAGAUGAGGAGGAGGAGGACGAGGAGGACGAAGUAAAGGUGGAGCACUCUGAGAACCGUAGGGACAUGCUGACCUGGGCCAGGGGGAAUGGAGGGGGGCCAGGGGCCUCUUUCUACGCCCCUGCCCAGAACGGCCAUUUCUUCCUCCCCACGAAGCCUAAACUGGAGCCGGAGGAGGAAGAGGAGGAAGAUGGCAUGCGGGAUGGGGAGAGAGGCUCGGCCAGCGCACUCCUGCAGCAGAUGAUGGACUCCAUCGAGAGGCAGAAGGAGCGGGCCGCGGCCGGGGAGGAGCUGGGGGAGGGGGAGGACCCGGACGUGGAGUUUUACUUGAAUUACUUUAACAGCACACAGCAUGAGGACGCCGCCGUCUCACAGGGACUGCUGCCCCUCUGGGCGACACGGGGAGGCUCCAGCCAAGAUAGAGGGGGAGGAGAGAGGGGAGGAAGAGGAGGAGGAGGAGGAGAAGAGAGAGGAGGGGGUGGAGGGGAGAGGAAGAUGCGCUCCAAGGCCUUCCAGAAGUGCCCAAUCUGCUCCAAAGUCAUCCAGGGUGCAGGCAAGCUACCCCGCCACAUCCGCACGCACACGGGAGAGAAGCCCUACGAGUGCGCCAUCUGCAAAGUGCGCUUCACCAGGCAGGACAAGCUCAAGGUUCACAUGCGUAAGCAUACGGGAGAGAAGCCUUACCUGUGUACGCAGUGCGGUGCUGCGUUCGCCCACAACUACGACCUGAAGAACCACAUGCGCGUGCACACAGGCCUGCGGCCCUACCAGUGCUCCAGCUGCUUUAAGACUUUUGUGCGUUCAGACCACCUGCACCGCCACCUCAAGAAGGACGGCUGCAACGGUAUCCCCUCCCGCCGGGGCCGCAAGCCUCGGGUACGGGACCCCGGGCUCCUGGAGGCCUCCAUGGGGCUGGUGGGCCCCGGCCCUCGCAGUGGCAGGGAGAGACGGCGCAUGGAGGCAGCCUCAGCAGAGGGGGCCUCCAGGGUCCAUGCACACAGUCCCCAGCCCCAGGAGAGGCCAGAGGAGCCGGGGCACUGAGGCAGGGAGACAGGGAGGGACGCUGGACGCCAUAGUCAUACUUGGCCCGUGGAGGGGCCGCUGCCGAAACAAGAGGAGAAAAAAAACACGCUAAGGCAAAAAACAAAAAACACAACUAACUAUUUCUCUAUAAACCAAAUCAGGGUGUCACAAAUCUAAUAUUUUCAGUUUCUUUUAUUUCUUUGCUUUAGGAAACAGUAGACACAACAGACACACAUGAGUCAGUGUUCUGUUAAAUAGCAAGGAACGCUUAAAAUCACACACCCAUGAUGUCUCCUUUCUGGGUCAUUUCUGUCUGAUCUAGGUUUUUAUACAUUUGGCAAAAAUGCUUUAUAUGCAUAACAAAACAACAGAAAACCCUGAGCAAAACUAUGCAGUUAAAAUAGGUUCUGAAUUCAGAGCCAAACGAUGAGGUGUCCCACACCUACUAACUGCUGCAGGGGUGAACGGAGUGUAAUCUCUCAUAUUCAGAUGGAAAGCAACCAAUCUUUUUCUAUUCUUUUGCAGUUCUAAAAUGUACAGUUACCAUAGAAACAGUAUUGUCAGAAUAUGGCAAUAUAUGCAAGAUUAACUUACCCACACCUCUGAUGCAGCUUCCUUUUUUCUAAAGGCUUCAGAAAGAAUCAGACAAGGGUUUGAUUUAAGUGUUACUUACUCGAUAAAAUAUAUUUUAAAAAUCUAUGGUUCAUCUUUUUUAAAUGUCGAGUCGAAUCCACGUUUGGGGGGGCUCUUCCAUUGCAGGGGUAGGGAACGCGAGGGGAGGAGGGGGUGUGUUUCUGAAGCACUACCAUGGCCAUGGUGCCGUUCGGCUUGACCACGUCGUUGACUCUUAGCCCUCACCCUGACAUUUCAUUUCUAUUUUCUUUUUGAUUUGUCUUUGUUAUUGUUGUUUGUCCCUUUUUGAGUGACUGCUUUGGGUACUUGACACUUUACAUUUGUAUACAUGCGUGUGUGUAUAUAUAUAGAUAUACACAUUAGGUGGUGAUGAUUUAAUGCUGAGGUAUAUUAGCUUACCAAUCGGGGUUUCCUUUGGCUUGACGUCACAUUUCUCACAGAGUGAAGCUUGUGGGUAAAAGAGAAAGGAAACUAUAUGAAUGUUAGAAUAUAUUGAAUUUAGAAACCCAUUGGUCCUAAACUUAACACUUGAUUGAGAUGUAUAUAGAGUUCCUGCCUGAAGGUAGAAGCGAUACUAUGUGGUUAACUUUGUGCAGUUCUGACAGGAUCUCUCCUCUAACCAACAGCAGGUUGAAAGAGGAAAAGCAGGGAUAGACCGGGAUAUAUACGUUUGCACAGCUUCACUAAAGAGAUCCCACAGAGAGAGGUAUAUUUAAAGGAGGUUGUUGAGAAAAGGUGUGUAUUAGUGCUUAUUCCAAUCUUUUUUGCCCUUGGGACCACGAAACCAUGAGGCAACCUGUGUGAUGAAGAGAGCAAUAAAUACCUGUCCAAGUUGGGAGGCCAAAUAAGCACACAGCUGCAGGGUGAGGCAGGUUGAGGGGAGGGGGAUUUCACAAUGUCUGUUGCAUUCCAAAAUAUCAUCUCCCCGGCACAGCCACUUUUCCAGGCAGAACGGGUUCAAAUCAGACGUUUUCUCUCUCUCACUUUAGUUCUCCAUCGCCCCAAAACCAGCCUGUGGAGUACAUGGUAUUAUAGAGCCCUGAGUAGAGGAGGUCUGGUCGGUGGCUGACCGGACUGCUGCUAGGUGUUGGUGUGUGUGGCAGCCAGGGUCUUUUCUCUGACUCACUCACUAGACUUGGGCUGGGAGUGUCAGCAGCUCCUCCAGUUGUGGACACGUUGAAACAUGCUCCCCAAACUGCCAGUGCACUAAAAGCCAGGCAGCCAUUAUAGUGGGUAAAAAAACAUGAGGGCAGCCACCAGAGAUCGUGAGGUGUUGCUCCACAGCCUUAUGACGUGUGUCUGGAAACGGCCACUGGUUCACAUAGAUCUGAACACGUUUGUCUUUGUGUUUUGAGUCGCUUGGCUUGUCAACUCUGUUUUUAACCAUACUUGUACACUGGUUUUGGGGCAAAGGAGAGUGUGCCGUGCCGGUGACUGUAGAUUGAAUUCCCCUGCCAUUGCUGCAAUGCUGUGUCCUGAGUAUCAGUCUUUUGCACCUUAAUGGGAAAGAAGCAGGUUCUGAAUGCACUUUGUUACUGAGAAAGGCACUUUUGUCAAAGAAACGGGUACUUUGAAACAAACUAAGGUGAAUUAGCUUAAUAUCCCCAUCGCAAGUGGUUCCGUUAAGCUUGUUCUCUGGUUUUGUUCAGUUUUUGACGACAAGCUGCCAAAAAAGAAAGAUGUAUGUGUGUUUCGGGUCUCUUAAGAGAAGUCAGGCGGGUUCAAAAAACGAACAAUGUUUUGUGACCUUAAAAACAUUUUUUUUUAAAGACAAAAUAACCCCAUGUAACUGAUUGCACUUGAAGUUAGGUUUGGUAAAACAAGCUCUAGUGAGUUGUCUAUGUUCAUGUCUUAAUGCAGAGUGGGCGGUGUGAGUGUGUGUGCAUGGCUGGAGGGUCUCAGGGCAAGCCUGGAUAAACAAACUCUAUCUCCACCCAUCUGUUCACCAGCUCCCUUCAUAGCUCCACAUAUUAUCACAGAGAAGAGAACGCAGUCAGACACGUUCAGACCAACUGCACGGCAGAUAGACCCUUUUCCAAGUAGUGGCUAACUAACGGUGUGUGUGUGAGUAUACUUGAAACUUCCACACACCCCCAACCAUCUUUUCCAUCACUUUUCACUGCUUUGUAUUCUGUUGAAAUCCUUAUUUCCCUGGGAUGUUGACUCCUUCUCUUAGAAGAAUGCAAAUCAAUAGUCUGUCAGUAUUUGAUAUACACAGAUCAAGUAGAAGACAAGGAGGUAGAUGAGAGGGGUUGAUAUGCAUAGCCUGACAGCCAGGAGCUCAGGGUAUAGUCAUGUAUAUGAAUAGGUCUGAUGAAAGAAGCCGUAGUCAGGUGAUCUGUUAGGGGUUCUAAGUUAUCACUCAAGUAUAUGUAGCCAUCAAAACGUAUAAUGUUCUUGGGCCUUAAUAUUGGGAUUUCAAGUUGUAUUCCUAUUUUAUUUCUUUAAUCUUGGUUAAGCCAAAGCUACCCUGAUUGUACAUAGUACACUCUUAUAGAGUUCUCCCUAAAUUGCUAUUCAUGUCUUGUAUAUGAUAUAAAGGUAUGAAAGUAAUUCUAAACAUAUCCAGAAUGAGACCACCUCUGACCAAGCCACACACCAACAAAACCCACCCCCUUGAUAUGUAUGCAGGAAAUUGUGUAGAAUCAGUUCACAUUCUCUUUAUUUCCGUGGACUAAAAUCAAUGGUGUAGAUGGAAUAGCUUCUGUUUUAUGUCUUUAUGUUGAAUUCUUCUUAAAAAAAGGUGUCCCUACAGCUUUUUUACUUUUUUCUAAUCAACUUUAUGGCUGUUUUGUGUGUGGGUCGGGGUAUAGGAAUUGGUUUAGGGAGGGUAGGGUAUUUUCUGAGUUCGAUUAAAGGGGUGUUUUGGUUGGGGAUAUAAAGCCUGAUAGCACUGGAAAUAGUGCUUUAGCUGAGACAGCGAGAGUUUGCACUAAAGUCCUUGUCCUACUAAAGGAAGGAGGGCGUGAGACCUCAGCAAGGCCCUUGAGUUUCUGUGAGCACAGAGUGUUAUACACUCAAUGGUCCAACACAGACAGUCCAUCCAUUCCCCUAACCAACAGACUUAAUCAUGUAGAGGUUCUUCUGAGAAGUGUACCAACAUUACUUAACCAAACCAAAAGAGAAAAAGACUUUGAUAAGUCGUCACAACAUGGUGGAUGUAUGGGAUUUGAAUAAUACAUCAAAACCUGAAGGUGCUCUGAAAGUUUUAGGAUGGUACACACAGAGGAGACAAAACUGUUGUAACAGCGAUUAUAUUUUUAUAUAUGUAUAUUUAUAUAUAUAUUUAUAUAUAUACAUAUAUAUAUGCAUGCAUGCAUGCUGCCUCUGGGAGGUAGUAUGACAACCCUCUGAGCAGUGUGUUUAGGGUCUAGAUGUAUUCAGGUGUCCUUCAGUUAGAGUGAGUGUCCCUGGGACUCUCUGGCCUGGUCUGAGGACUAAGCUUUGUUUAAUGGGUCCAGUAGAAGUCUGAGGCUGGGCCUCCGUCUAGCUCCCAGGUGGACAUGGGUCAUGGGCAAGAACGGGACUUAAAACCGAAGGAAUGGAAGAACCUUUCUCUCCCUCAUUCUAAUUUUAGAGCGCCUUACACUGACUUCCACAUAGUUUGAGUUUAAAAUGUGGAUGUUGAGUGUGGCUGUAAACCUUUCCAUACUGAACAUUGGGACGAUUGGCAGGUGGGGGACCGAAUCAAAAGACAAUAUACUGUCUGGAAGUUGAUCUCUAUUGAGCCACACUCUCAAUCCAACUCCCACUGUAGUGUUUGACCAAACUACUAUGACUUACUUGAAUGAAUUGGUUAUUGUGAGAAGUGUCCCUGUGAGAGAAACAUACUACUGGGUGAUGUAGUGGUGUAGCUCUCUCCUCCUUCGUGGUCCUAUGCUCCCAUUCCUGCUGAGACCUCCCAGCCUCCGCCCUAGACCACCGUUACUCCAACACGUUACGCAGAGAUAUCUCACAUCUCCUUAAAGAGAAGACGUAUCGUUGGGCAUAAUCCAAAAUCCACCAGAUGUUUUGUUACUAAUUCACUAUGACACAAAAUAAAAAGUGUCUGAAAGCAUUAAAAACGACACAAAACAUUUGAUAACAAUUAUGAUUGUAAUAAUCAUGGGACAGGAGUGGGUGCUGGUUGGAGGAGAGUGUUUUGUAAGUGGUGCUGCACACCUGAAUGUCCAGGCUGGUGAAGCACAGCAAGUUGAGGAUGACAUAUGUAGUAUGGCAUAAUGCACAGCGUGGCACUGGCACUUACACAGCCAUCCCUGGGGCCAGAGAGGCUGUUGGCUGGUUGGUUGGCCAGUUUAGGAGUUUCUCUACGUCAGUGGGCUACAAUGGUUUUCACAACGUGGGAGGGUCAGGAUUGGGGUGGGAUGGGACUGGACCAAAUUGGUCAGCAGCGACGACAUGGGAGAGACUAGAUCAGGGUUGCGGUGCAAUGGUUCAGGUUGCCCCAUCUUGUUGUGUUUCACUGGGAAUGAUAUGAUGUAGCAAAAUUGCGGAACUGGUGAUGGGGAAUGUUGAUCUAUUUUUCUGUGCUUCUAAGUUGAAAAACACUGAAAUACAUGGUGUUCCUGUUUCUGUUCAGUUUGUGGUUUGAUUCAGAAUUAACAUCUCUUUCUUUGCCUUCCAUGUAAAAUUGGCAAAUUGUACCAAUGUUUAAAGAUAAUGGUUUUCAAAACAAGGAGUGAGGAAACGGUUGGUUCCCCAUUGCCAUGUGACUGACCCCCCUUACUAUUGUUAAUGUUGAUUCAAAAGCUUGUCUGUGGGAGGGAGAGUGCUGAGAAGUGUGUGUUAAUCAGGUUGAAAUGUAUAAAAGUAGCUGGGGAUAAGAAGCACGGGGGGGGUUCUCUCUCCAGACCUUGGUGUCCACUUCUCUUCUGACUGGCCUUUGAUUACAGAUCACAGGCCCUCAGCAGGGGAAGCUAGGAGGCAGAGGGGGAGAGAGAGAGAGACUUGUGGUUUGAAGUCACCAACCAAUAGAGGAUACAUUCCAUAACUUCAUACUGUAAUUUCCACUUUUGAGUCUUGGCAUGGGGAGACGGAGGGGGUGGAAGGAGAUGAACAGUCAGCGUUUUACAGCCGAGUGUUUCAAUCUGUCCGUCCCCCCUUCUACCACCCCCAGUCUGACAGACAGGCAGUGAGUUGGGCCUCUCCAGACCUGGCCAUCCAACUGCCUGUCUGUCUCAGCUUCUGCUAUUGUAACAAAGCACUUUGCAAAAGGCCAUCCAGAAUAUUGUGUGCUGUUGUUUUUUUGGUUAUUACUAUUGUUAUUAUUCUUGUUUAUAUUUUUGUUCUCAUUAUGGAUGAUUAUUUAAAUGCAAAAACUUCAUGAAAACUUGAAUAUUUGGGUUUAGGUCCAUUCGAGCUGCCGCCCCACAAGGCCAUACAUACACUUCUGGCACACACACCGUCUCAGCUGAUAGAUAGAUACUCCGAGUGGAAGGGUAAAGGCAAGGUCUCCCUAUCUCCACAUACAAUCUCGAAUAUAUUUGGAAAACAAGUCAUAUAAAAUCAUUGGGAGAGUUGCAUUGCACAGAAACCUCCAUAACAUAAGCUUUCUGAGAAGGCGAACUGUGCUGUACUACUUAAUGUCAAACAUGCAGAUUUAAAGCUGUUUUAUUUUGUAUCCCUCACAUCAUUUACACGUAGUAGCCACACUAAAGUAAAUUGCUGGAUCUGGUAUAAAAUAGACACAACCAAAUGAUUAUGCCAUUUUUUUUGUCACCUUUGGAGUUGAGGGAGAAGAGUUAUUAUCAUUGUAGAAUGAUUUCUGACUGUAAAAAUGACAAUAAUCAUCCAUACUAGUUUAGAACUCUGCUGCACAUUUGGGGGAGGCAGAAUAUUUCCUGUCAGGCUUGGAUGCUAAAAUCCCUAUCCUCUUCUUUAAAGUCAUUUUCCUUAAACAUCGGCUGUUAGUGUCUGUUGGAAGUUAUGCGGGAUAGGUGGUUUUGGAGAUUUGCACUUUUGGCUACAAAAAUAAAUUGUGUUGUAUAUGAGACCACUAAAUCCAUACCAUCUAAACCAUAUAAUUUCAUUUGUUUCGGUUUUUGUUCUGUUUUUCUUUUUUAAUAUAUCCAAAAAUGUCUGUUGUCCUGGUUUAAAGAAAAUAAGAUCUUUCUAUUAAAAAAAACAAUGGUUGCGA